AUUCAAAUAUGGCUGUUGCGGCUCUCCGCUUCUGCUCGUGAUUCCUGCCAAUGUCCUUCCCCGCUUGUGUUGUUCCGUGUGCUGUGUCAAAAGUGUCGUGUUGCUUCGCCUAGGUGUUUUUUUAAAGAAGUCGCCGAAAUCAGCGCGUAGGUAUUUAGGCUUUUUAAACUUUAGUAUGGCUGGAAACAAAGACUACUGCGAUAAGGAGGCCCUGAAGAGGGUGCUAAACGGAUCGUGGGAUGGAAGCGCCGUGCAGUUCUUGCAGAAGUACGAAAUUGAACGAACGGCCAUGUCAAACCCAUUGAUACGAAGGCUAGAGAUUUCAGACAAGUCCGUCAUUCUGGUCCAACGCUAUCAGCAAUCGCGGAAGAUGUCCCGAUCCAAGUCAACCUCCUCAUCCUUGUUCAUCGAUGACACAUCAGAUUCAGAGUGUGAACUGGAACUCACCGGAUGUCCUUUAGAGUGGCCGAUGGAACCGAAGAGCUUUUCAAUGCUUGAAUCUCCGUCAUACGAAGAUUCGAGCAAGAAUUCAGGAUCCCCAUGCAAAAACAAGCUGAGGGCUCUGCCCGCGGAUGAAGGAAGGACGCUCCUGAAUGCGGUAGUGAACAUGCUGAGCACCUGUGGCUACAAGACGGAGAUGGACCCAGUGUGGGUGGCGUGCGACGGCACCGACCCCCAGUACACAGCCUUCCUGGGUUACCACCGCGGAGGGGGCACCUGCUCCCGAGUCAUCGUCUCCUGCCGGGGUCCAAUUGAGAGCAAGGAAGACCUGCCAACCUUUGGCUGCAUCCAGAGGAAACACUUCUGGGGAUUGUCCCAGUCACACACUCAUACGACGAUGCAGGUGAAUUCGAAGUACGACAUCCUGCGCCACUACGACCCCUCGCAGCAAAGCAGCCGUGAGGACAUCAUGGUCCUUGAAUGCUCCUGGAACAAGGCUGCUGUGUUGCAGCAACCGCCAUGCGCCGACGCGCUCUGCCAUCUCAACGUCCAGACCUUACCUGGAAAUGAGCGCAGUGCCGCACGAGGUGUGUACAAGGAAAUGAAGUUUGCCAAGCAACUUGUCGAGUGCCUGACUACGGGAGCAGUUGCGUGGGCGCCGGAUCUCGGUGGGCCAACUCUCAUUGAGAAGGUGACGGCGCUCCUGCAAGGGUCCCGUAAAGGCAGUUAUCGAGAAAAGUCGGGGACGCCUUUUGCAGACGUCGGCUGGAACUCAGUGGACUUUGACCUCUACGUUGAGACAGUGGUCAUGAGCAAGCGGCAGCCCGUGGAUUUCACUGACGAGAUGUGGAACGCCAUGUCAGGCUGUGGGACGUACCAGGAGCUCAAGGAAGGCUUCUGCAUGAUAUUUCGCGCUGUGCAAGCUGGGGAAAUCAGACCAUUGAUUGUUCCCAAGAACGCAACCACGGUGGGCGCCUACCUGCGAAACAUGAGCCCUCAGUUCCGGCCGGAGGGGACCAUGGGGGGGCUAAUGCCGGUGCGCAUGCUGGCUGAGAUCGGGCUCCAGAAACUGCAGCGAGACUUUGUCAAUAUCUUUGUCGGUCUGGAGCUGGCCAGCCAGGAGCAGCUGGUGCCCUUCCUUGUGUGCCCGACCAAAACGGAGGAGGCCCUCGGUGAGCUGUGGAAGCUGCAGACGGUCCUGGACAUGAUAAUGCUGUGCAAGGCCUACCUGCACCUCCCUAUUCACUACCUUAGCGGGUACACCAGGGAAGCCCUGAAGUACUUCAGCAACUGUGAACGUGGAAAGUACAUCCACAAGUUCAGGUUUCCACUGAAAGUUCCCCUUGUUCGUGUGGUGCUCGAAAAUAUCUCCCCAAUGGAGUGGACUGCAUCCAUCAAGAGCCGACAGGGGAACUAUGCUGCACACACCAUUGUCCACAUCAGCACCACUCCCCCUUUCGAUCACCUGCUCACCGAGAAGCAGUGCAAUGUGCCCCACCACCUGCGGGACUCGGACUACUACUGCACCAUCAUUUCCAAUACGCAAGACAAACUGAGAUUGUGAGACAACUGUCGUUCGGAUCAUGCCCAUGAUCCGAACAAGUAUGACGACAACAGCGACUGUGAGAAAGUUUACGGCGACGAAAGUCUCAGUGCCAUGGCAGUCGUGCAGAUGCUUCUCUGGAAGCUUCUGAAGCUCGUCAUCGAGCAUUCCAGGAACCUGGCACAGUUUUGGUAAAAGCCUCACCGUGCCACGGCUGGUGGUUGUAACAGCUGGUGCUUGCAUUGUGGUGAACGGUGGACAGGACAGCGCAUUCGUUUGCCUCACACACUUAAGGCUCACUUUGACUGCAGGGUACCCACGGCCUUUUUGAUUCUUGAUUACUUUGAUAUUUCUUUAGAUGUGGUGCACAUCUGUGCCACUGACUGUGGAGAGAGUGUGCUGUAAUGUAGUUUUAAGACUGCUUGAUUCGUGUCUUAAUUGCUAAUUCAGAUUUCGUGCAAUGAACUUCACCUGCCCAAUGGCAGUGUAGCCAAGAUUUAAGUUGGCAGUGCACAUCCAGUUUGCUUUGUGACUUGGAAAGUGUGCAACAGUGAGUAUGCAUUUCACACUUUAUUUGCAAGGUUAUCCAUUGUUGCCGUUAGGUAAGCAAAUUCACAAUGGAGUUCUUUUGCAAAUUAGGAAAAGAUUUACUUGUAUUUCUUUCCCAAAAAGUCAUUUCAACCGCUCGCUUUAGUUCCACGAUGCCAUGUUUGUGUGUGCAGCCCAUAAGUUGCCUAAUUCAUGACACGUGCGCCAAUAAAACUGCCUGUAUAGUCGUCAGCAUGGUUGAACCUGGCAACAGACUUUCCACCCAAACAAGCUGCCAAAACCACUUCAGCACAUGUUGAAUGAAACCCUGCAUGCAUCAUGCCAGCGAUGAGUGCGAAGUUUACAGAUCAUUUACCAUUACGUUUGAAAGUGAGUUUGCUUCGUUGUGAGGGGAUGAUGACAGCAAUUUGUAGUGGACUGCGAAAGCUGUGGGGAGAUUGUUCACGUCAACGAAUUUUAAGUCCCGUGUAUAGCGCACCAUAAAGCUGACGAAGAUUCAUCGUGCAGCACUGAAAUUUUCGGUUUGCUACGAGAUUGUGUACAGCCUCUUGAGAACAUUGCAAUACUGUUGCUUACGGUACCAUGUCAGCAUGUACCUGUGCCGGACACUCGGUAUGCUCGUUGAGCAUUCUGUGGCAGUUGAAAGCACUCUGAAACUUUUGCUGGCUCUGUGGGGCCUGUAGUUGCUCACCUGAAACUUGCCACUAUAACUUUAGUCCGUCUGUGCUAUGGCACACAUGUAGCUACUCGUCCAAGAUAAACUCUGUGUGUACUGUUCCUGUGAUGCAGAGUUGAGGGACACCAUGAAAGACGAAGAGAGAAAUAGAGUCCCUGGAAAUUGGAUGGACUAAUGGUAGCCAGCGUGGAGAGGUAUCCAUGUCACUAUCGUAAAGGGUGUCAGUCUUUGCUUUAGAGCGACCUAGGGCCUUGCGAAUUCUGUUUGUACAGUAUUUAAACAUCUUGUAAAUACUCUGUAAAUAAGACUCGCGCGCUAUUAUCGUGCAGUUUUGUGAGUGUUUAGCCCGUGUCUCCCCAUUCGCCGCUGCAGUAUUUUUUUCUUUUUUCAUCAUGCAUGUUGUGCUGUUGCCGGUAGGUGUCACCGUACUGCUGGAGCGACUUUCUGAAAUUUCACUAGUGUUAGCCAUUCGGAUGCAAAUUACAGCUAGCUUCACACUGAAGCUUUAUUUUUGCCGCUUGGCUUUUAUAUCAGCACGUGGCGACUCACCAGGCUUUGGCACUGCAUGCAAACAAGUGUGGCGCGGAUAUCUCGCUGUGUAGCAAUCAUGUCUGCAAAGUAUUGAGCGUCUGCGUAGCGCAACAAGAGCUGAAAGUUUCCUGCGCGCCCUUCCUGUCGAGGGAGUCCUGCUUCCGGCCAGAUUCCAAGUCACACGGACAAGCACACUGCCUACAGUGUAAAACGGCACACAAUGCCUCUCUUUCAAAGCAUUUUUGUGUUACUUUCUGUGGUAGCUGGUACGUGUAAGCUCGCAUCCUAAUGUUGUGAGCUUGAGCGAUUGUAGUGAUCACAUGUUACUCGAGCAUUGACUAAGGGAACGAAUGCUUAAUUAUCUUUCAGGAGUAUCAUUGGCUAUUUAUGUACAUGGAUUUGACUGCUUCAGAUCAUUCUAGAAUAACUGAGAAACCAUCUUGUGUUAUAACCAAAAAGCUUUAUUCAUUGUACAUAGGUGUGAGAAUUCGCUUCCAGCAUACUGUACACUGCUGCCACACAGGCCACAGCACACCGCAACAGCCAUGUUAUUGUAUUUGUGUCGAGACAUUGAUCCAUGUACAUAAAGGUGCCCUCGCUUUUUAUGAAAGUGAUCCCAAGCUUGUCUUAACGUACCAUAUUUAAAAAACAUAUUGUCAGCUUUCUUUGUGUGUAAUUAAAUUGAGAAAGCACCUCGAGCUAUAUCUGGAAUGCUGCUCCUAUUAUAAUGCAUUAUUAGAAUGGUUUAUUUUAUUUUAUUUUUGUUCCUUUUUUGUGUUUCGAAGUGUGGCAAGCUCAAAUGUCAGGCAACCAACCAUUGCAGCUUCUUGAUAAGCUGUUUUAGUGUUUUGUAGUGUUGCCAUCCCAGCCAAAUGCCAACUUUGAACAUGCAAAACAAUCUGUGGAGUUGAGUUUUGCAGCUUAAUAUAAUAAUUGCCAUCAACCUUGUGUGAAUUUCUGUCAUUAAGCUGUGUGCCCACUACUCUCCUCUCUCAAAUUCUAUAGAAUGCUUGGAUGUUUUUCAUGACAUUCCUGACAAGAAGGUACUGCAAUCAUAUUGUUGAAAAAGGAAAGUGCACAAUCAUGGGACAAAAUUACACCCUGAAUGCUGUAUUUGUUAAAGCUGUAAAAUAGCAUUUGAGUGAAGUGUCAGGAGGUAUAUGCGAGGUAUAUUUAGAGGUGGACAAGUUUUAAAAAGUCGGCUAGCUUAAUGGGAAAUACCCUUUAAAGUUCAUGUGGGGUGUGGAUUAGCACAUGCAAUGCUGCGUCUUUGUAAAUUCCAAAUACAGCGAAAAAAUUACAAUUUGUAGGUUUACAAUUUUUUUAUGCUUUUAGAGUCUUAUCUUAGUGUAACAUUUAUUGUUUUUAACGAGCAGCCUUUUCUGCAAUGCAGGGGAGUGUGUAUAGGUUUUGUGUUGCCCCAAUUUUAUGUGGCGUAUUUUUAGCUGAUAUUGACAGGGUGCUCAGCUUUGCUUUUAAUGGUUGAAACAUUCUUAACCCUUUGAGGGUCCAAUUAUAUUGAAAAAAACUUUCCCAGGUGGUCAAAUUACUUUAUUGCGGAUCUUGAAUGUACAAGAUGUAUAAAGUCAGGAAUAAAUAGUAAAAAAAAAUUAGGAACAGUAUUUUGGUGUCGGCAUCACUCAGAACUGCAAAAUGUUCAAUUGUAUUUCAGAGUGUGGUACUCCUUGAAACACGGGUCUCUGCACAGCGCCUUAUCUCAGUCUGCACACCUAAAAUGCAUGUAUGUUCUUCUCUUGGAGCGACGAGUUGUGUUAGCGCACACAUGAGAUCUUCUCUGCUUGCGGCUGCCUUGGGCAGAGGUCUGAGGCACUCUCUCGCAUAAGCGCAUUGCCGCAGAGAGCGAGAAUACCUCGUGAGUGGUGAUUAUAAACAAGCUAAGAGCAGCACCAAUCAAGAUAUAAAUCAACUUCCGUCGCCCCUACGAUAGCGUGCCGACAAAGAGAAAAAUCACGUUUCGCGCGCCUCCGUUGCAAUCACGUAGAGGAACUGAAACCGCAAAAGCGCGUUGCCGCUGAGAGCGAGAAUACCUCACGAGCGGCGAUUAUAAACAAGCUAAGAGCAGUGCCAAUCAAGAUAGAAAUCAACUUCCACUGUCUCUGCAAGAGAGUGCCGACAAAGAGAAAAAUGACGUUUCGCGCGCCUCCGUUGCGAUCACGCGGCGAAACCGAAACCGCAAAAGGGGUGUUGCCGCAGUCUGCCCGACGUGCUGAAGCUAGACAUCAGUUCUGUUUAUCUCCCCAAGAAGGUAGCACAAAUUUCAAACGCUUCUUGUAAGUCCUAAGAGGUGGCAGCACCUCCCAGUGAGCACGCAUCAUCAUUAUGGUGCGAAAUUUCAAACGUAGGAUCGAAACCGUACCCGUACGGCAAAGACCUUGUGGGACAGAAAACCGCCGCCGUACAUGUACGGCAAAAACCCUCAAAGGGUUAAAGUGUUUUGGUACGUCGAUGACUUUUUAGUUCUUUUAGAGGUACAAGGUGACCUUACAUCUCCUGAAAGUAUUUUAGAUGUUUUUAUACAGGUGGGGCAUGGUUUUAAUUUCACUCAUGUGUUGCCUAGCACUGAAGAUUUACAAUUCCUGGAUCUCAGGCUAAGGUAUCGCUCAGUCCACGUAUGCUGGGAGUACCUCCUGCGGGUUAAGACGGGUCUUUUGCCUUUUGACUCUGCCCAUUCAAAGGUAAUGAAAAGGGGCAUUGAGUUUCAAUGCUUCGAUGCUGCGCUCCGAAAGUCGUACCAGCAUACAAUGCAGCAUAGCCUUGAAAAUCGGAUUGGUCGCCUGUUGGCAGCGGGAUUUCCCGAGUUGCUUGUUGGUGCAGUGACCAAAUUUCUCCUGUAAAAGGUAAAGAACAGAGCCGGAACAGAAAGCGCGGAGACCCAGCGACGGACGGCGAGGCCCUUAGUAAUGCCUUAUAUGCAUAAGGUCUCGCACAACCUAAAGAAGGUCGCGAACAGGCAUAGUAUUCCUGUGGUCUUUACGGUUCCUAAUAAGCUUUUCAGGCUCUGCCCUUGGGUUUGCAUUGAUAGCAAGCGAGGUUGCAAAACCAGACAUGCACACCCCCAUGUAGGAUGUGCGACAGGAUUAGUAUAUUCAGUUCCCUUGAAGUGUGGAAAAGUGUACGUCGGCCAAACCGAACGGUGCAUCAAUGACCAGCUCAGGGAGCACGCGCUAAAAGUUAAGAAGAAAGAGGACAAAUAUGCACGUUUGAUUACCCAUAUCAUCGCGUGUGGUUGCGAGGCACUUUUUUCUGAGACUACUAUUUUAGGCAAGUCUGCAAACCACACAGCUCGAGCGGCUUUAGGAGCAUUCUAUAUCCACAAAAAUUCACCUAUCUGUGCAAGCGAAGCAUCUAUUCUUUUGCACAGUGCUGAACUGGACUUCUUGAAUUCUGCUAUCUAAAGCAGGCAGCAGUAUUGUUCACCGUUUUAGUUUAUCAUUUUCGCAUGGGAAAAGGGCGUGGCACUUGUGCGUGGCUCACUUUAUGAUAUCGGAGGGUGUGUUGAUUGGAAUAAACAGUUGAUAGUAGCGUUUGUCCGCGUCUUUCGUGUCCUCUUUAUGUGUAUGUGUAAUUUUUGUGCUGUAUUUGGAAUAUACAAUGUUAGACUAACUAGCCCAAAAGAGGGUCCUUCUGAAUGCUGCUUCUACUGGGCCGAUCUUGCCAAGCUAAAACGCUCAUAACACCCUGUAGAAUAUACAGACAGGCCUGCAUGAGGGGUAGCAGUAUUCGUCUGCGAGCAGAUAGGGAAAAAUUAAAACAAGCUUUUGCCAAGGAAGAAAUAAGCAGACAGAAAAGGACAAUUCAAGUAUUUUGUUUGUUUUGUAUUUCUAUCUUCUUUUUCUUUUUUUGGCGAAUGCUUGUUCUUAUAUGUUGUGUGCCUCUGUUGCCAGGCAUGUUUUCAUAGAAGACUCAUUUAAGCGAGUGGACCAUCACAAUGAGUCAACAGGAAAAGGGUGGCGUUAGUUUUUGUGGUUGGCCCGAUCCAUUGCUAUACAGUCCAACCCACUUAUAACGAUACAAGUGUUAACAGUCUAUCAGGUAUAACAAUGAGCAGCCGAUGCAGUGCCAACUUUUGUAUGUGUUUCUGUGAUAAAAUAAAACUAUUUACUACAAUACUCC